AUGAGUCAACAUAACAAAAACCAUUCAAGAACACCUUCGGGAGCUUCAGUCGCAUCUCGUCGCCAGCGCCGCGAUUCAGAUGCAGGGAGUGUCAAAGCAGGAAGACAAUCUGGCCAUGGCCAUAGUAGAACGUCCAGUGCAGCCAUUCUCCACAACAUGGAGAAGCAGCUUUCACACACUCCAAGCAAUAGUAAUCAUUCAAGAACUCCCUCAUCCGCUUCUGCUUUGUCAGACGGUUCUAUGGUGGAACUUGCACUAUUUGCGAACUUUACACACCCUGAAGUGCAACACCUGAUCCCUGAACUGUUGACUGUGUCAGACAUGUUGCUCAAGAUGUAUGUACCACUGGACGGGAUAGGAGCUAUUGCUGAAGAACAAGGAGUGACUUUACCAGGCCUCUCAGAGUUACGUGGAAAGCUUGACAAGGUUAAUGGUGACUUUGUAAAGCUGGUUGCUAAUACAAGUAGUCAAGUGAACGAUAUAAAACAAGCUAUCCGUGCCUUAGUAGAAGAUUGCAAGGAAAGCCAGAGAGGUAUGAUGGAGGGUUCUGCAUCAAACUAG